AUCAGCAGGCAGUUCUGCAGAAAUCUGAGCAUCAUGUGGACAGUCUGGUGUUCACCGUCCGCAGCAGCCUGGAGCCUCGCACCUCCACCUCCAUCACCACCUCCACUGCAAGCCAGGAUUUUAAAGCUCCAGUACAGACUAGUAAAUUGUUUUUUUCAACGCAGAGCCCACAGUCCAUUCCUGCAACACUUCCACCAAGUGGUGAAGAAUAUGAACUACGACUUGAUUCUUACCUCCUUCGUUACCUAAAGGAAUGUCCUAAGGCGGAGAAAGACCUCAAGGAAGGACUUGCCUCUGUGGCCUGCUCUGCCCAGCUUUACCCAGAAGAAGAGAGGGUUUUAGUCAGGAGUUUAGCUCAACCUGGUGCUGUAGAUGAAAAUAGAUAUUGGAAAGCUGAGGUAGACAAACUCUUUACUCGCUACACUUGCCACUAUGAGACGGACCCUCACAAAAUUAAAUCUUUGCUUCGGUCCUGCAGCUCUCGUCAGACCACAGAUGAGGUGAAGGUGUACACCGAGUUUGGGUUUGCUGUUGUUGUUGGGGAACGUUCUCAGGUGAAGGCCAGGUUGAUGGAUGUAGAGGACAGGUCACGUUUAGGUGAGAAGACGACCACUAUUCGCCGACUGGGAGAAGCCAAACUCCGUCUCCUCUGGAAAGAGAUUGAGCACAGUUUGGGACAAGAUUUUCCAGGUGUGAAGGUCAUGCAGGGAGAUGCAGGUCAGUUAGUUUUGGAAGGUUCUGUGGAGGAGAUUCUAAAGGCUGGAGAGUGGAUCGCUGAUAAAGAGAAUUUGGUGUUAGAAAGGAAAGUUUCUGACAUAAGCCCACGUGUUUUGGCCUCCUUAAAGAAUACUUAUGGUGGACCAGGGGCACUAGGGGACUUUUUAGGAGUUGGUGACAAGGUGGAAGUGGAAUUACGAGACACAGAGCUACGUUUAUUCUCCCUCUCUGCUGAUAAUCUUGAUGAAACAGAAAAAGCAUUGCAAGGUGCAAUCAAGGAAGUAAAAGUAAAUGUGGCACAGAAUUUGGCAUCUUUGAAUUUGAGUGAAGAAAACAUAAUAGUUGCCAGUUACAGCCUUUGUGAUGGGCUCCAGGUGCUGGUGUGUCAGGGUGACAUCACCAAACAGGAUGCUGAUGCUUUGGUCAAUGCUGCCAAUGAAGAUCUGGACCACUGUGGCGGUGUUGCUGCUGCACUGAGUAAAGCAGGCGGCCCUGAAGUACAGAUGGAGAGCAAUGCCCUAAUAAAGUAUAUUGGGAAAAUUCCUACAGGUGAUGUGGUAGUGACCACAGGGGGUAACUUAAACUGCAAGAAAUUGCUGCAUGCUGUUGGGCCUGUAGGUGGAAAUGCAGGUGGCAGAGAGAGGAUCUUACUGCAAAAAACUGUCCAGUCUGCUCUGGAUUUAUCAGAAAUCAUGGGGUUCAACUCCAUAGCCAUGCCCUGUAUCAGCUCAGGUGUGUUUGGUGUUCCUGUCAAUGUGUGCUCUGAGGCUAUUAUAAGUGCUGUAAAAGAGUUUGGCAGUCAGGGAGAGCGAAGUCUGAGCAGAAUUAUCCUGAUUGAUAACCGGGAAGAGGUGGUGAGGUCCAUGCACAAAGCAUGUGACAGACUUCUCCAAGGGAUAAACACUGGAACUAGUGCACCAAGUGAUCUGGGUUUCCAGGUGGAUGCUGCUGCCCUCGACACAUCAAGAGGAGCCACUGCUGGAGCUGAAGAAAGUGUCCGUCUAGAGAUCAUUCAAGGAACCAUCGAGGACCAGCAGGUGGAUGCUGUGGUAUCACCCAUGGUUGGCCAUGAUCCUCUCUCUACCCGUGUUGGAAACAUUUUGUACCAGAUGGUUGGAUCUCAGCUGACUGCAAGGUUCGGAAAGGAAGCAGGAGAAGAAACGUUGCCUGGUGACAUAGUCCUGGUGGAGGGCUUGCCUGGACUUUCAUCUAAUGCUGUUUUCUUCAUCAACCUUGUUCCCUGGGAUGAUGAUGAAGAUGGAAUUGCAGUUCAGGUUCUGAGACUGGGCAUCAGCAACAUCCUGACUUCCUGUGAGAAUAGAGGGUUUGGAUCUGUGGCUCUCCCUGUACUUGGGGCUGGAAUAGCCCUGUGUAUUCCUGACACCUUGGUAGCCAGGGUUCUGCACGAGGAAGUUCAGAAGUUUGAGCAGAACCGCAACAGCAGAACACCAUUGCUGGUCAGCGUUGUCAUCCACCCCAGUGAUGAAGAGUCAAGAGAGGCCUUCAAGUCACCCGAGGAAGCUUUCCAACCAAAAGAACUCACAAAAGAAGUUUACCAACCAGACCAAGUUUCAGCUACAAAGAGGAUCGUCCUGCUGGGAAAAACUAGAGCUGGGAAAAGCCACCUAGCUAACACCAUAUUUGGAGAAGAUUUGUUCACACCUAACCAUUCUCCAAACUCUGGAACAACUGAAUGUCAAGCAGAAACCAAAUCUGUCAAUGGAAGAAGCAUCACUUUGAUUGACACUCCUGGUUUCUUUGAUGCAGAAAGGCCUGAGGAGGAGCUAAAGCCUGAGAUAGUGAAGUGUAUCACAGAGUGCGCUCCUGGGCCUCAUGCUUUUCUCAUUGUGCUUAAAGUGGAGAAAUUCACAGAGCAUGAGCAGGCUGUCAUCACUAAAAUAUGCCAGUAUUUCUCUGAAGAUGCUCUAAAGUAUGCUGUAGUUGUCUUCACUCAUGGUAACCAGCUCCCUAAAGGGAUGAACAUUGAGGACUUUGUGCAUCGGAACAAACAUCUGAGUGAUCUGGUGAAGAAGUGCGGAGGCCGGUUCCAUGUCGUUGAUAAUAAAUACUGGAAUAACAGUAUGCAGAAUAACUACAGGAGCAACCAGUUCCAAGUGGAGGAGCUACUCAGCACAAUAGAUAAGAUGGUAAUGGAAAACAGGGGAGGGUACUACAUCAACAAGAUGUUAGAAGUAGUGGAGAAAGAAAUACAGAAAGAGAUAAAGCACAUAAAACAGUCAUCAGGAAACAUGCCAGAAGGAGAGAUCAGAAAACAGGCUAAAACAAAAGUUUCUAACAGGUUUAUGAUCCAACUGGCAGGUAUUGGAACAGGAACAUUGGUAGGAGCUCUUUGUGGUUUGGCAGCGUUGGUUGGAUUAGCUAUCACAGCUAUGCAGAGCGUAACAGUAAUGAAACUUAUGAAAUGUACAGGAGCCACUGCAGCAGUAGGAGGAGAGGUAGCAAUCGCUGCUGGAGUCGGUGCAGCGACAAUAGGAGGAGUAAUGGGUGGUAUGAUUGGAAGUUAUGCAGCUGAGAAAGCAGAAACACCAAUGGAGGCAGCACAGAUGGCAUACAAUGAUGUCAUCAACAAAGGAAAAGAUGCAAUAAAUCAAAUACCGAAGAUGUUUUCAUAACUAUAAUGUAUCAAAUGACAGUCUGAAAGCACUGUGACAAUGUGCUGGAUGUAGAUCAUAUGUCAAUGCUGUGUUCACAACUUUAACUAUGAUGUUAUGCAGCAUUGACCAAUAUUUUAGCCAAUUGAGGGCAGCUGAACAAACCAAAAACAAAAAUCACAUAUUAUCUUCGUUGAAAGUUUUUAUGCUUUUCUUACCUUUUUACACAUGGAGCAGACACUGAGCAACAUUAGCAUUUAUUUGGAGUUGUGUUUCUGGCCACCUGGUGAAUGUUUAUGCGACAUUGAUUCUCCUUUUGGCACUCUUUUUGUCUACACCGACUCCAGAGAGAAAUAGCUGCUCUCUAGGCUCUAAAUGCCCCAUUGUGUUCCCCACCUAACCACUACCUUUGCCAUUUGGUGGUGAACAGGAAGCCUACAAAGCUUGUUGCUAAAAACCUCAGCUGUCUGAUGAGGCUAGAGACAUGAUUGAUGAGAGUUUGCUGGCCAGAAAACCAAAACAAUGAGUACAUUGUAAAAAAAAAAAGAAGAUUAAUACAGCUUUAACUAAGGGGAAGAAUGUUUGGUGCUGACAACCUUGAUGAAACUUUUGUUUAUUCUGAUAAGUCAAAUCUCUUAUUACUCAUUUGUGAAUUACUGAAUUAUUAAAUAAUUCAAUCUAAGUGGGUAGCAGUGGGCUAAUUUAUAUAUAUUGGUAAUGUGUAAAAUAAAUGUAUAUGUAAAAGUAAUUAUCUGACAGUGGUUGUUUGAAUGUGGAAUCUCAAUAACUUUGAGGUGUUAUGUGAUGAUCUCUUUCUGUAUGUUAAGCCCUUGUUUAUUUUUAAUAAACCUGAUUUGCCACAAUGAAAAGCAUCGAUUGCUCACAAGA